AGUAGAUCCCCGAACGUCAGAGGGGGCGGUCGCGUCGCUCUGCGCAGAUUUUGCCGCCAAUUUUACGAUAAUUGUGAAUUACGUCGUGGAAUUUGGUGGAAUUUGAGUUAAAGCUUAAUAAUUAUUGAGUUUAUUAAUAGUUAGUGAUUCUGUGUGUGUUUCGAUGUGUUGUAAAUAAAUCGACGUUUCGUUCUCAAAAAAAAUGUCGUAAAAUAAGAAUAUAAUUAAACACAUAUAAUAGUGUAUUUGAUGUGUAGUGUUUAAGUACUAAAGAAAAUAUGAUAACUAGAUUAUGAAAAUAGAAAAAAACAAUGAUAAUUAAGAAGAAAAACAUGUUAUAAAGUGACCAAAAUAUCGAAUGAUGUUAAAAGUUAGAAAUGUGAGGGACUCGAGUGUGAUACUGAAAUGAAUAGGUUUGACAAUUCGUCGAAACAAGAUAAGAACGAUGACCAUGACACCAGAGGGAAUUGUACGAAGCAGAACAAAGUAUUGGAAUUGGACCUGGACUAUCUGGAGCGAGGUGGUGGGGGUACCCUGACAGUGGGGGGGGCUCCCAGUCUGGAGCCCAGUCCCGACAGCCUCGACCUCGUCAAAGUGGUGCUGCUUGGAGCACCUGCUGUUGGGAAAACUAGUAUUAUACAGCAAUUCGUGUGGAGCGAUUUCUCGGAGGAGUACGUGCCAACCGACCGUAAACAUACCUUCUACCCUUCGGUGAUCAUCAACGAGCAUUUAUACGAAGUCAAAAUUACGGACGUACCAGUUAUACCGUACUUCCCAAUAAAUUCCUACUACGAGUGGGCUCACUACCGUUUUUAUGGACUUAGAAGCGCUACAGCUUACAUCCUAGUCUUCGAUUUAUCUAACGUUGAAACUUUCCAGUACAUACGAACUUUGAGAGACCAAAUGGUGGAAAGUCGGGACAUGAGAAACGUGCCAGUGUUAGUUGUCGGCAAUAAACAGGAUCUACUAUGUAGUAACACUCCGUCAGCAGCGAGUGGACUCCAGCAGCUUGCGAUAGCUGAGAGCGCCUGCGGAGACUCAAGAGAGAAGAGAAGAAAUAUCGUAAACUUAGUUCGUAAGCACUGGAAGUGUGGCUACGUGGAGUGUUCAGCUAAAUAUAAUUGGAGAGUCAUAGCUGUGUUCAAAGAGCUCAUGGAAAUGAUAGAUGCUCUCGAGUGGAGUGGUGGAGGACGAAGCUCGGAGCCACCUCCCGACUCCUCGGCUGGUGGGAGUACACAUGAGACUCGGUGCGUGAUUGCUUAGCACAGUUAAUUACUUUGACCCUUCCCUUGAUUAUUUUAAUAGAACCAUAAACUGGGCUCCUAAGAAGUCUUUACAAGAUUACUUUGUCCCAUAAAUCUUUGUUUAUCUAAUCCAAUUUAAUUAAGUGACGGAAGCUGUGUAAUCCCAAAGGGGUGUUUAUCUAUUUUAAGGUUUUAUAAUUGACCGUUCACUGCUCGUGUGGGCAGCAAUUUUGCUGAUUCAUCAAUUUAGAAAGUUGCAGUUGUAAACUUUCGAUGGGCUUCGUUUGUGCAAAAUCCAAUCUAACCCUCAUAAAAUUGGUUCAUAAUUCACAUAACUUCGAACCAAUUUGAAAGUUGGUCUUCUACUAAGAGUUCCUUGAUUUGUGUAAUUCUUGUUAAUAUCUCUCUCUUAUUCUGUUACACUUAAAAUGAGUUAAGUAGAACCAUUUUGAAAAGAUUUUGAUUAAACUAAAUACCUAGUUACCAGCCAUUUUUGGUUCUAUUGAAACAAUCAAGUCCACUUCACGUCUAAACGCACACAAUUUAGAAAUAAUGAAUGCUGUUAAUAAUGCGAAUGUUUAAUGUUUCGAAACGGUUGUAUGAGUAGUAAAUAUUGUUACAUAAUUUCGUAUUCCCAUCACAGUUAUUGGGUCAAUAACCAAUUCAGCUGACGCAAUUCAUGGAACUAUACGACAAUUGUGGAAUAAUGAUCGUACAAACAUAAAUAAUGGAUUGAUCACACUUUGAUCCCUUUGGAACCCAUAAUGAAACCGUAAUAAUUCAUUGUAUUAGAGGACAGCGGUUUCCACGAACGAUUUGUGCCAAAACCAAUCCCAAUUAUGACAUACGAAAAGAAAUAUUACGUUUUUUGCCUGAAUAUAGCUUUGGACACAAUUUAUUGCCGUUGUUAUAACGUUAUUAAUAUUUUAUUUCUUCCUUGAAUUUACUUCAAAUUUGAUACUUUUUCAAGCGUCACAAUGAUAGGAUUUAUCCUUUAGAAUAACGUUUUUGCCAAAAGCCACAAUGACUUCAAUGAAUUUCGAUUUCCAACGCUUGUUGGUAUUAUUUAAAUUACUGAUUAAAUACCGGAGAAUUCAAUUUAUUUUGGGCUUUGUAGAAAGUGGGUUCGCAAAUGAUGUUAUAACACGAAAUGAAUAUAAAAUGAAAUUGAUAUUGGUUGAACAGUUUAAACAAAAGCUCAAUUAUUUCUGUUGCCUGUGUAUUUGUGUUUAUUGAAAUGAGUUGAUAUUCAUUAUCAUUACUGCCAAUUUUAUUAAUUGCAUUCUGUUUAUAUGCUAUUUCAUCAAUACUAUCUGCGUUUUUAAGCCUUGUGUUCAUCUCACUCUUCGUAGUAAGGAAAAAAUAUGCUUCAAUUUCAACAAAAUGGUUGUCUAGAGUCCCAAAAUUUUCUUCAUAGUUGAUAUUUUUGUAAUCAAAUUUCAUGAUCCCACCAUAGUAAUACGCCCUUCUAACAAUAUGUAAGCUUUAACUUAUUCGUGUAUUAAAUUUAUUUCAGGGUACUUUUACACUUUUCUACUAAGUCUUCGAUAUCUAGAUACUGUUUAGAAUCUCGACAUACCUGAUAAGUUGUGAAUAAUUGUGUGUACAAUUUUAUAGAUUAAAUAACGUGUAACUGACACAUUAAGAUCUGGGGACUUACUCUUGAAUCCAAUUCCGAUCGAUGGACAAUUGGUAUUGUGAAAUUUCGUACUCUUGAGUUGCAAUACUAGCGCACAUUGCGUCCGUGCUGUGUGGAUAUUGAAUAAACUAAAUGGUAUUGAGUUUAGCUUUAUAUUCCAUACUUUGAAAGCUAGUUUAACAGCUACGAUUGUGGACUUGUGGUUGUUUGUUGAGAUUAUAUUGGAUUGAAAUUGCAUUGACAUUAAGAUUGGUUUCAAGAGUAAGAGCCCUAUAUACGAGAGAUUAUUCUUAUCAUCAUUAUUUUUCAUAUUACUUCUUUUCAUUUCUUCAACUAAUGUUUUAAAACCAUUAGUUACUAUUUCAUUUCUAUCUUCUUUAUAAAGGAUGAUGUUUUUAAAUUUCUUUUUGUUAUGUUUCUCAAUGAAUAGUAGAUAUUAUAUACCGAAUUCUUCUAGUCCUAUAAUGACUCUGUGUUGUGCUUUUUAUGAAUGUGCUUCCUCUAUCACAUGUUGUUUGUAAACAAUUUCUUUACUAGCAUUAGGUACAACCCUUACGAUGUAAAAUAAUGAUAUAUUUACAAUUUGUUGCAUUUUUAUAGUUAUUAGAAUAUUUUUUACAAUGUUUAUCGCAGUGUUUGAACGAGUUUUGGUGAAAGUGAGUAAUGUUAUCUCGACUUUGGAAAAAGUUUAGAAAAUGCGCCUUUUUUGAUGGGGGAAAAUCCAUCCAAUGAAUUCUCUCGCCUUGGGCGAGGCGGGAGGGAGUGUCAAACUUUUACUGACGAAUAAUCACCCCGUUCCUACUCCUGCUUUUCGAGCCGGAGCCCCGGUAAGCCUGCUGCGCUAAGAUGUGAUUUGAUUGAAAUUAUAAUAUGAAGAUGUAAGAAAUGGGUCAGAGAUAACAUUUCUCAGUUUGACACGAACUUAAAAAAUAUCAUUUUUAACAAUAAAUAUUGUAUAAAUUGCUGUGUGAAGUUAGAAUUGAUAGGUAAUAGUUAUUUACAGUUAAAUAUUAUUAUAAUUAUUAGAAAAGUGAGGAUUUAGGUAACAUGUGAGUUAAAUAAUUGCCCAAUAAUGCAAUCAGUUAGUUUACAAUGUCAAUGUCAUUGUCAUUUUGACGUAAUUGUCUAAUUUGACAGUUAAAUAUUUUGACACUUAUGACGUUUGAGAACAUUUUGAAUGUUUGGCGGUAAGAGAGAUUUGAGUUACGUUACGUCAUGUUACCUGUCAGAUGUUUUUAAAUUUGGAAUUAACAUGAUUUGAAUUUCUUUUUUUAUUUAUUUGUCAUAAAAUAUUUACUAGUGACCAAAAUUGUUAAUAUUAAUGAACCUAUGUUUGAGAACGUUUCUGUUUGAAAUCUUAUGUUUUCUGUAUUUUCAUGAAGCCAAAUACUUGUAUAUUAUUGCUGUGUGACUAGAAAAACAAAUGUAAGUAAGUUUAGGUAUCGUUAUACAAAUGUUACACGGUGCAAUAAAAACGUUGUGAACGAUUUUAAA